CUUCCUUUGUAGAUUAACUCCAAUUUUUCAUUAAAAUUAAUCAUGAAAAAGGCAUGGAUAAUCCUCACUAGCCAUGGUUACUCCCAACUUGUUUAUCUGUGUUUUUCUCACUAGCUUGUAAUUGUGUCUUCUCUAUGUCAGUGCGCCGGUGCACCGCCUCAUCUAAUAGCAUCUAACAGAAAACUGUUUAAAUGGAGUGUAAUCUGUCAGCCAGCGGCAGCAACCACAUGACUGUCAGCUGAUAAAGCAAACAACAAUGUGUUCCUACAGGACCAAAGCCAUGGUAGCUUUCCUAGCUGACAAAUGAUUGCGAGCAUGGACAAUAAUGUUCACAAUAUGAUUUUAUAUUUCACAGGCUACAAAUAUCCCUCCGGAGCUGUUACACUGCAGGGUCAUUGACCAAUGAGCACAGGCUGCAACUCAAGUGUCUUUGAAGACUUUGCACACAGACAUCGAGGGACAAGAACUUCACUGCAGACAUGAGUCAAGUCUUGGACAUCGAGCGCUAUGAUCUGAACAUUAAGAGCAACAACAGCAGCCAUCAUACGGAGCUGUGUAAAGAGGAGCGUUUGAUUGUCAGAAGGGGACAGCCCUUCAACGUCAGUUUACAUCUAAAAGCUGAAAGCAAAGAGUUCAAACCAAGUGAAACAAGCUUCACACUCACUGUUGAAACUGGUCCGCUACCCAGAAAAGAAUCUGGCACGAAGGUUUGCUUUGGACUCCAUGACUCCACGGUGGACACUGAGUGGAGCGCCUCUGCCACUAAUGAUCCCUCUGGAAACACAGUGUCUGUGACUAUCAAUUCCUCCCCCAAUGCCCCAAUAGGGCUCUAUUCUCUGACUGUAGACCAGGAGGGGCAGAGGACCAGUUUAGGACAAUUCACCCUGCUUUUUAAUGCUUGGUGCCCCAGAGAUGCUGUUUACAUGCGCAGUGAGAUGAAGAGGCAGGAGUAUGUCUUAGCACAACAUGGGCAGGUCUACAGAGGAACGUAUAAACGAAUCAAAGGGACGCCCUGGAACUUCGGACAGUUUGAAGUAGGAAUAUUGGAUAUCUGUCUGAAGAUCCUGGAUGACAACCCCAAAUUUGUGUCUGAUGCUGACCAGGACUGCUCUGCCAGGAGAAAUCCCAUCUAUGUGACCAGAGUGCUGAGUGCCAUGAUCAACAGUUACGAUGACAGCGGUGUGCUGGUGGGAAAUUGGGGAGAGAUUACAGAUGGAGUUCAUCCAGGCCAGUGGAUCGGCAGCGGGGACAUUCUGCGUCAGUGGGCAGAAAGUGGCCCCGUCCGCUACGGCCAGUGUUGGGUCUUUGCUGCUGUUGCAUGCACAGUGUCCCGUGCCCUGGGUAUCCCAUGUCGAGUGGUUACUAACUUUGGAUCAGCUCACGAUACUGAUGCCAACCUGGUGAUAGAAAACCUGUAUGAUGAAGAUGGUGAGAGUAUUUCUGAAGAUUCAAUAUGGAACUUCCAUGUUUGGGUGGAUAGCUGGAUGACUCGUCCAGACUUAGGAGAGGAAUUUGAUGGUUGGCAGACCAGUGACCCAACCCCGCAAGAGAAAAGUGAAGGUGUUUUCUGUUGUGGACCGGCCUCACUGAGGGCUAUCAGGGAAGGAGAGCUGACCAAGAAGUAUGAUGCUCCCUUUAUUUUCGCUGAGGUUAAUGCAGAUGUUGUGGACUUGGUGCGCCUGUCAAAUGGACAAUUGGUCAAAAUUGGUGGAUCAACAAAGUCUGUCGGACGGUUCAUCAGCACUAAAGCUGUGGGCUCAGAUGAGAGGCAUGACAUCACACACCAGUACAAGUAUCCUGAAGGUUCAAAGGAGGAGAGGCAGAUGUAUGAGAAGGCUCAGCACCACAACAAGCUACAGCAGCAAGGAGAAGAGCCAGAGCUCCGUCUCAAGAUCAAGCUUGCUGAUAACAUGAUUGUGGGCUCAGACUUUGAGGUUUGUGCUGUCCUCACUAACAACUGCAUGGAGGCAAAGACCUGCAUUUUCCUGUUUGUUGCCAAAGCUGUAGGCUACAACGGAAAACUAGGAGGGAGCUGUGGAUUUGCUUCAGACAAAGUGGAGGUGCCCUCUGGAGAAGAGAGGCGUCUGUACCUCAGACUGAUGUAUGACAGUUAUGGAUCAGUGAUCACCUCUGACAGGCUGAUCCAUCUGUCAGCCAUCACCGUUGACAAGCAGACCAUUGACUACCACAAGGCUGAGAAGACCAUUGUGUUGGAUGAGCCAGUCAUAGAAAUCAAGCUGGUGGGAGAAGCCACACUAUAUGAGUCUAUGACGGCAGAGCUGAGCUUGUUGAACCCUUUACCAGAGCCACUGCAGGACUGCAGCUUCACCAUGGAGGGGGUCGGCCUCACUGACGGCAAGCCCAUAAUACUGAGGAUUGGAACAGUGGGCCCAAAACAGGAGGCCAAGGCCACUGCUGAGCUCAGUCCUAGCAUUACUGGCCCCAGCAUGCUCCUGGUGAACUUUGAUAGCGACAAACUGAGGAACAUCAAGAGCUUCAUCAAUGUUAUGGUGAACGAAUGUGCCAGUACAGAAAUCUAAUAGCACUGAAAGCUUUUUUACAUUGUUGUUCUUUGGACUAGCAGGUACUGAUUUUCUUUUAAAUUUACUUGUUAUUCUUAUUCUUUUAUAUGCUCGAAUAUACCAUACUAAUAUAUACUUUACUAUAUACUAUCUAUAAGAAUAAGUUUUUCCUGGGUAACUUUAUUAAGAAACACAAUGAUCCACAUUCACUAACAUCAUGUACAGUGACUCUGUAGUAGGCUACAAUAAGAUUAAUAGAUGCAAUAUAAUAAGAUACUGACCUAAACACAUUUACUUUACUUGUAUUUUGAUUUGGUUCAAUCUAAAUGUGACAAUAAAGCCAAUGCUACUAAAGCUGCCAGUAGAUUGUUUAAGGGAACAGCGCUUCCUCGCCUCCUUUUAGGAAACAUUUUGUUGUUGGUGAUGCAGAAAAAAUCCAGUGUGCUAAUUGAAAAUAAAAUUUUGGAGAAAACA